AUGGGCAGCCCCCGCUCGGCGCUGAGCUGCCUGCUGUUGCACUUGCUGGUUCUCUGCCUCCAAGCCCAGGAAGGCCCGGGCGGGGGGCCUGCGCUGGGCAGGGAGCUCGCUUCCCUGUUCCGAGCUGGCCGGGAGUCCCAGGGUGUUUCCCAACAGGUAACUGUUCAGUCCUCACCUAAUUUUACACAGCAUGUGAGGGAGCAGAGCCUGGUGACGGAUCAGCUCAGCCGCCGUCUCAUCCGGACCUACCAACUCUACAGCCGCACCAGCGGGAAGCACGUGCAGGUCCUGGCCAACAAGCGCAUCAACGCCAUGGCAGAAGACGGGGACCCCUUUGCAAAGCUCAUUGUGGAGACGGACACCUUUGGGAGCCGGGUUCGAGUCCGAGGAGCUGAGACAGGCCUCUACAUCUGCAUGAACAAGAAGGGGAAGCUGAUUGCCAAGAGCAACGGCAAAGGCAAGGAUUGUGUGUUCACGGAGAUCGUGCUGGAGAACAACUACACGGCCCUGCAGAACGCCAAGUACGAGGGCUGGUACAUGGCCUUCACGCGCAAGGGUCGGCCCCGCAAGGGCUCCAAGACUCGGCAGCACCAGCGCGAGGUCCACUUCAUGAAGCGACUGCCCCGCGGCCAUCACACCACAGAGCAGAGCCUGCGCUUCGAGUUCCUCAACUACCCGCCCUUCACGCGCAGUCUGCGCGGCAGCCAGAGGACUUGGGCCCCCGAGCCCCGAUAG